AUGGAUGGCGCCUCGCAUAGUCGAAGGCGUUCUGAUCAUAAUAUAUCAUAUAAUCAAACUCCUCAACUCAAAUAUAACAAUUCUGAAAGAACAGAUUUCGUUGGAAUAACUAUAAGCGAUGAUUUUUCACAAAAGCAAUUACCACUAUUACCUAUAAUGAAUAAUGCUUCAUCACCUUCGCAUUCUUCACAACAGAAACAAAUACCAUUGAAUAUACAACGUCAAAAUUCAUAUCCUCCAAUUCCAAAUCCAAUUCAACAAGAUCCACCAGAAGGUCACAGUAGACGGCGAUUAGAUAAUUAUGUUCCAAAUUCCCCAUCCGGACAUUAUACUUUAUUACAAUCUCCCACUUCUCAACUGCAUCAUCAACGGUCUUUGUCUGGACAUCAAUUACAACAAUCUCCUCAACAGAGUCAAUCAUAUUCACCUCAUUUGUUACAGCAAUCACAUAAUAAGACACACCAAUCUUCUCAUACUAAUUCUCGUCAACAUCAUCGCCCUUCCCAUUCACAGUUACAGCAAUCGAGUGGUCAACAACCCCCACCUCCACAACUUGCUCCACCCAUACAGAUUGGUUAUAAGCCAACAUAUUCUCCUAAUUCUCAACCUCCAUCACCGAAUGCUUAUUCACCAGUAACUACUUCACAAAAUAAGUCAUCUCAACAAUUAAAUCAAUCUCGAACUGAUUUUGGUGGUAGUAAAUCUGAAUAUCGAACUACCGCAUUUCGGAAAGUCCGAUCAAUAUCGGAUUUGCGACCUCAACCAGCACGUAGAGUAGAAUCUGCGAAAGUCGUUGUCAGUGUAUGUGCGAUUUUAUUAACCCCUGCGAUAUACUUGAUAUCUCGCAGGCUUUUAGCUGCCUUCCUCCCACUAAAAGCGUUGACUAUAUACCUGACGUCAACGUACCAGAAUAUCAAUCCUCAUUUUCGGUACGAUCUAACUUACAAUCCACGUCGGGUUUUAACAAAACCUUCAAAAGGUGUAAAAAAUGAUGGUUUUGAUAACGAAGAUUGCGAUUAUAUUCUAUACGUGAACGAUAUACUAGGCAGUGAAGAAGGACAAAAGUAUCUCAUAUUGGAUGUCCUAGGUCAAGGAACAUUCGGGCAAGUUGUAAAAUGUCAGAAUUUGAAGACAAAGGACAUUGUGGCAGUUAAAGUCGUGAAAAACAAGCCCGCUUAUUUUAAUCAGAGUAUGAUGGAAGUGACCAUAUUGGAGCUGCUAAACCAAACAUGGGAUAAUCAAGAUCAACAUCAUAUUCUAAGGCUUUUGGAUACGUUUAUUCACCGUCGACAUCUCUGCCUCGUGUUUGAACUUUUGUCUGUUAAUCUUUAUGAACUAAUUAAGCAAAAUCAGUUUCGAGGACUUAGUACAAAUCUCGUCAGAGUUUUUACUGCCCAAUUAUUGGAUUCUUUGACAGUGUUGAAUGAAGCACGUAUAAUUCACUGUGACUUGAAACCAGAAAAUGUGCUGUUGAAAAAGUGUGUGAAAUCUUCUUUGGAGUCACCUACAAUUAAGGUGAUCGAUUUCGGUUCUGCAUGCCAUGAACGUCAGACAGUCUAUACAUAUAUUCAAUCGAGAUUUUAUCGAAGUCCUGAAGUACUAUUAGGAUUACCGUAUUCAUCCUCGAUCGAUAUGUGGUCAUUAGGUUGUAUCGCUGUUGAACUAUUCUUAGGAUUACCCUUGUUUCCAGGUAGUUCUGAAUAUAAUCAAGUGUCUCGAAUCGUUGAGAUGCUGGGUAUUCCACCAGCUUAUAUGAUCGAAGUUGGGAAAACCGCCCACGAAUACUUUGAUCGAUAUAUGAACGAACAUGGUCAAAAGAAAUAUCGUUUGAAAUCGAUGGAACAAUACAUGCGAGAACAUAAUAUUGUGGAACAACCGUCCAAGAGAUAUUUCUCAGCAGGGACGUUGCCAGAGAUCAUUCAAUCAUAUCCAAUAAUGAGAAAAGGUUUAACGCAAAAGGACAUUGAUAAAGAAAUGCAAAAUCGGUUGGCUUUUAUCGAUUUUGUACAAGGAUUAUUGAAUCUUAAUCCUAUAGAACGCUGGUCUCCUCAACAAGCGAAAUUACAUCCAUUUAUAACGGGCGAAAAAUUUACUGGUAAAUUUACACCACCUAUGCAGAUUAAAGCAACUAAUAAGAUUGGAACGUCAAAGCAGUCUAUAUCCUCAAAUUCAUCGACUCCGACACCAAAUUUGAUGCAAAUCGCUUCACCUAUUAAAUACAAAACAUCAAAUAAUUCUCCAAAAGCGCAGCCCAAGAAUCCUCUUAUUGUCGCUCAUGAUAUGCCUAUUUUGAAGAUUUCUCAUGCUCCCGCUUCUAACAGACCAAAAGCUAGUAUAAAUUCAUUAAGACCAAGAGCUAGUACAAUUGGAAAUAUUCAAGUUCCACCACAAAUACAACGAGCCGCAGCGCUUGUUACCCCAGGUAGUGUCGGUGCAUCACAAGUAGAACAUUCUAAAAAAGAUCCAAGACGACUACCACAUAACUAUCCUCAUUUACAAUUGUUGCAAGAACGUGAUCAACAUCCUGAAGUACAACAAUUUUCUGUGAUAGUUGAUAGUAGCGAGAAUAAUCGUACAUCUGAUCAGACGAAUAGUCCUAAUAAUAACACAUUAUCUGGAGGAGAGAAGGUUGACAUUCGAAUAAGGGAUGUUUGGCAUGAUAAAGAGGCACGUAAUCCUCAAGAUGAACGAUUACCAAAAGAUGAACGACAUAAAUCACCAAGCUCCAGCGGAUUGACAAUGCCUGGUAGUAUGCCAAAUGGAGUAACAGGGUUGGGAAUUUCAGGUGGUGGCUUGGAUGAUAGUAUUCUCGGAUCAUCUGGACCUCCGUUACAUUUAACGCACCAAUAUCAUCAAAAGUCUCUACAACAACUCCAACAAAUGCAAAUCGUGCAGUCAAAAAACAAUACUUCAAAUAUUUCUGUAAAUGUAGUUUCACCUAUCAUGACUCAAGUACAUCCUCGACCUUCUAAUUUCCGUUCAUCGCCUUCAUUUAAUAACCAAUCUCCAUCAUCAUUUCGUAAUUCACCAAGCCAUUUUUCCACACCUAGCACUUCACCAUAUAUGACGCAUUCUCAACAUCAUCAGUUGCCGUUACCUGCAACUCAUCCACAACCGAAGCAGCAGCAAAGUUCAUCUUCAAUAGCAUCAUCGGGAAAUUAUCAUCAUAAUUUAGUCCUUCCAACAAAUUAUGAUCAACACAAUUUUCAUUCACAACAAUCAAAUCGACAUCAUCGAAUAUCCCCAUCUACUUCGCCAUCUUAUCCGCCAAACAAUCCAUCUUCGGGAUAUGGUAUCCCCUCUUCGCCUACUUAUGAAUUACCUUCACCUCCACCAUCAUCACAGGGAACAUCACCAAACCAAAUGAAUCCGAUUGUUCCCAAUAAUAAAACGAUGACAAAUGAUGUACAUCAUCAUAAUAAUGAUCAGAAAUAUAAUAAUCGAAGGGAAAUAAAUGCUUUGCCAUAUCAAAUGGCUUAA